AUGGCUUUGCAAAACAGUGCGCUACGAGAAGUACAAGCGAUUCUGCUCCCAUCGAUGGGCGUUCCUCUGCCACCAGACCACGCUGCCGAUGCAGAUGCGACGCAAGCCGGCACAGAGACAGACAGAAAGCAGCCGCAGGCAGGCAGCAUCCAGCAGCAGUCCAACUCAGCGCCCGUUGCCACCACGGCCACCGCUGAAUUCAUCCCGCAGAUCUUCUACUCGCUGCACCAGAUACGGAAGGAACCCAACAACUUCGGAAACCAGCUGGAGACCUCCACAGCGUUUAUCAAGCACAGGCUCAAGAGCUGCAAGGCGCUGAUAGCCAACGACGAGAACUGCAAGAACCUGCUCAGCAAGACGCCGAAGGAGUGGCACGAGUACAUGCAAAACCGCGAGAAAGAACUCCAGAUGAAGAGGAAGAUGCUAGAGGACCUGAAGAACAAGAUAGCAGCGCUGCAAACCGACCAUCAGAGCUAG